UAAAAAUUUGGAUAUACGAUAUUUGGCCCUAAAGUCUUUUGUGGUUUGUAUUAUAUUAUGCCUAGUCUAAACUAUUAUUCAACCAGAUUACUACAUUCAAACUUCUUUAAACACUAUAGUGUUGACACAGAAUAAUAAACAAGAUUGUUUAUUAUUCUGUGGUGUUGAUAUCCCACAAUUGUUGCCAUUGAUUAUAAUAAAAAAAAUUGGUAGAUUUCAUUUUAUUUGGCUGCUAUAUUCUAACUCGAUGGCUGCUAUGGAAUCUAAUAUCGAAAUUAAGGAAGAGUCUAUUGAAUAUGUUCAAAGAAACGUAAAGAAUCAGCUGUCCACAUUAACCGAUCUUGAGGACUUAAAUACUGAAUCAGAAACUAACUCAGCUAAGAGUGUGAAAGCUGAAAUUAAAGAAGAGUUUGUCGAAGGUUAUCCAAGAUAUAUAGAGAGUCAGGUAUUCACCUCUCUUGAUCUGAGAGACUUGAAGAAUGAUCCAGUUGAGUAUAAGCUAGAUGGGACAGUAAAAGCUGAAAUUAAGGAAGAGUUGAUUGAGGAUCCAAGAUAUAUAGAGAAUCAGCUGUCCACUUCUCUUGAUCUUGGAGACUUGGAGAAUAAAGAUAACUCAGAAUUCUUCAAUGGAAAAGGGCUUCGAAAAAUAGUUUUAACUCAGACAAUUGUAUUGAAAAAACAAUAAAUC